AAUACUGUGAAUUAAAAAAAGGAGAAAAGUAUACUUAAAAUAUAGUGUAAAACUUUUAAAAGAAUUAAUAAUAUUUGUGUUGUCAUUUCUUUCUUGCAAUUGAAUUUGUUUGACUCCAAUUAUUAAUUCGAUUGGAAUAUCUUUAAAAUAUCAAGAAAUAUAAUAUUUAUAUGAAUAUGCCGCUCUUUGGAAAAUCACCAAAAUCUCCAUCGGAAAUUGUUAAACAAUUAAGAGAAGCAGUCAACUGCUUAGAAAAGGGAGACAAAAAGGUUGAAAAAGCCCAAGAAGAUAUAAGUAAAAAUUUGGUCUUAAUCAAAAAUAUGUUGUACGGUACAUCGGAUGCUGAACCACAAACUGACAUAAUAGUUUCACAAUUAGCACAAGAAAUGUAUAAUAGUCAUUUGCUGCUUUUAUUGGUACAAAACUUAGCUCGUAUUGACUUUGAAGGAAAAAAAGAUGUAGCUCAAGUAUUCAAUAAUGUUUUGAGACGUCAAAUUGGAACAAGAUCACCUACUGUCGAAUAUAUUUGUACAAAACCGGAAAUAUUAUUUACUCUUAUGGCUGGAUAUGAACAUCAGGAAAUUGCCUUAAAUUGCGGAACGAUGCUACGUGAGUGUGCUCGAUAUGAGGCUCUCGCAAAAAUUAUGUUACACUCCGAGGAGUUUUAUAACUUCUUUCGUUAUGUCGAAGUAUCCACUUUUGAUAUUGCAUCAGAUGCAUUCUCAACUUUUAAAGAACUAUUGACGCGUCAUAAAUUGCUUUGUGCCGAAUUCUUAGAGCAUAAUUAUGAUAGAGUAUUUUCAAACUAUCAACAUCUCUUGGACUCCGAAAAUUACGUUACAAGGCGUCAAAGUCUCAAACUCUUGGGUGAACUUUUAUUAGAUCGACACAAUUUUACCGUGAUGACAAAAUAUAUAUCAAAUCCUGAUAAUCUAAAAUUGAUGAUGAACAUGCUUAAAGAAAAGUCACGCAAUAUUCAGUUUGAAGCCUUUCAUGUGUUUAAAGUUUUUGUGGCAAAUCCUAAUAAGCCUCGUCCAAUUUUGGACAUACUGCUAAGGAAUCAGGAUAAGUUAGUUGACUUCCUAACUAAAUUUCACACAGAUAGAUCUGAAGACGAACAGUUUAAUGACGAGAAGGCAUAUUUAAUUAAACAAAUUAAAGAGCUAAAACCACCAGCAGAACAAUAGUAUAGUUAUUCACCACAGAUUUAUGGUCAUAGUACAAUAACAUCAGAACAACAUUUAGGUGUUUUGCCAAUAAAUAUGGAAGAGCAAUAAAAUGACCUAUUAUGAUUGUAAAAUAUAUACUUCCAUGUGGCCGAAAUGUUUUGAUAUUAUUGUGGUGAAAUUAAGUUCUACUUUGUGAGUGUAGGCUCAAAUAUAUGGUCUAAAAGCAUAUAAAAAAUUAGUAAAUAAAGGAAAUAAAUUUAAAAAAAAACGUUUUCUUGCUUUU